AUGAGUCACAGAACCUUUUCACUAGAAAAGAAGAGACGAGUUCCAGGAAGCAGUUCAGAAAAAGAAGAAGAAGAAGAAGAAGAAGAAGAUGAUGAUGAUGAUGAUGAUGAUGAUGAUGAUGAUGAUGAUGAUGAUGAUGAUGAUGAUGAUGACGAUGAAGGAGAGAUCACUGAACAUGAAGUUUAUUGACAUGACGCCAGGCCAAUAAACUUCAUGUUCCAGUGAUCGAAUCUUCUUCUUUUUCUGAACCGUUCCACUGCCUGGUACUUAGACCAAACGCCGUCGGUUGUCAUGAUGAGCUCCUCCAAUGAGUAUACAGGGAGGAGGGGGGAAGGCGCAAUUAAGUAGUUUUAAUGGUAGGGGGCGCUCGCCGAUCGUUCUUACGGAAUUCACUCGUUCCGUUGGGCCUUACGGGCUCUUUCUCGAGCCCAACCAGCAGCCGCACAGCGGCGCAUGAGAUAGGCAGAAUGGCAUUGCCGAAAAAGACAAGGGAGACUGGAAUGACCUUUUGUGGCUUAUCAGCCGUCGGUGAGCGCCCCCUACCAUUGUAUAAUCCCAAUCGAGAAAUCGACAGGGCGACGGGCUCGUAGCCCAGUGGCUAAAGGUGUGGACUUCUAAAUAACAGGUUGCGAGUUCGAGCCUCGGGUGUUCCACACUUCGGGGUUGGCCAUGACUGAUUGACGACGGCUAAUAAACCAGAAGUGGUCAUUCCAGUCUCCCUGUCUUCGUCGGUAAUGCCAUUCUGCGUAAGUAGUUUUGGCUGCGCUAGCACGCUCAGAUGUGAACACGAUCAGCUAUCUCAGAGUUACCCCUUCUUGCCUUCUUCAGCUUCGUACCGGGGACAAAAUGCUUUAAAUAUCGUGGAAUGGUCGGCUGAAGGGGACAUUAACAGGCCCGAAACGACUGCCACCCCUGUCUUCCCCCUCCUUUGUCAGCCAGCCUGCAGUUGGGUCGAAGUGACUUUAUGUCAGAUAUGUAAAUAAGCACCGUCGUCAUUGUCUUCAUCAGUCCUUACGGCAGUAGUGCCCUGAUUGAUUUCUACACGAUAAGCACCUUGGUGUACUUCCAAGUUUAGACAAGUACCUGCUAACUGACCAUCAAAAGUACGGUGGGAUGAGCUGAACCGAAUUACUCCGACUGAUUUUGAUAUCCAGUCCUCUCUGAGCUUAGGUAUGAGCUUUGUCACAGGCAAAUCCCGCUCUUGAGGGAAGACCAUUUUCCCAACAUUCCGGGAUGUCAGCCAGAACAUAUAGAGCGUCAUUCGUUACCUUGGGUAUUUCAUGAAUCCUUAACAGGUCACUCCUAAGGAGUUGCAAAUUGCUUAGAUGUACCUCCACUACAAGGCACCACCGGGCCUUCUGCUCUGACGCACUUAGUGUCCCGUGCCUGCCGGGGCCAGCCAACUUACAAUGAGUUGUGACAACGCUCAGGGCUUGACCAUUUAGGGUGACUUUGAUAGGCGCCGCGGUCACAUGAGUCCUACCAAUUGGAUGGGACCUUCAGCCGGAACCGCUACCAUCCGCGCUCUUUAUGAACAACUCAAUGAACACCAUCCCCUCAGCUCUGUCUCCCUGUUUCCAGACCAUUGCCGUAGUGCUUACUUGUCAUGUACAAGUCCACUUGAUUAAUAGCCUCAUUCGUCUUCCACAUCACCUUAAAUUUAAAACCAUUUGGCGAACUGCACCCAUAUAAGCAGACAGGAGAAGCAAAUACCGCAAAACCAUUGCAGGUCUUCUGUUUUUGGUGCUAAGGGCGCUCACGUUUAGAAUACUAAAACGGCGUUCCUUCGGGUGACAUUGAAGUUAACAUCUAAAUAUUGUUCAAGAACUAGUGUGAUUGCAUACAUGACGGUUUGUCAACAGCCUACAUUCUGAGUGUAGAUUCCAAAACAGUUUUUCAGGGAUUCGUUUUAUCCUUGAUUCGUUCGAGUUAAGUGAGAUGGGGUUCAACAAGAGAAACUGGAUUUAGCUUGAUUUCACCGAUUAGGACAUCGUAGGUACAAAAGUUUUCAUAAGGUGACAUGCUAUGAGGCCGGUCGGAGCCUAAUAAAUUUAAGUAGGACUGACAGGCGUGAGCGUAGACAUAUUAUUUGGUGUUUUUAGAGAGAAUUUUUCUUCCGUUAAAUUAAUUUACAAUUCUAGUUCGUUUUAGAUCACGUUGAGAUUCAGAUCGGCCUCGAAAUACUGCUGAAUACUUCAUGAUUUUCAGCUUUUUCACCCGAUCGUUCCUAAAAACAAAUUCUGAAUUACCUGUCUGUUGAGAACUUUAAAAUAAGAUUAUUCUUGAUGACAUUUACCGAAAUAGUGAGUGUUAGGGCGCUCUUUUUCACGAAGAAGGUCGUUUGGGUCACAUGUUGUUGUUUAUUUCAAUCUUGCACACCUAGACACAACAACUCCAGUGUUUUUCAUUCGGUUGACUUGAUCACAGCUGACUGUGGGUGUGUGACACCACACCAUUUCCUCCGUCCGUCAGUUUUAAUGGCAAAUACUGGGAGCUAGGCGCAAACAGAUAAAGCUACAACAGUGCAUUUCAGUUCUGGAGGUGUUCUGUUCACACUUUCCACUCUCGUCGUCGCCAUUAUCAUUAUCAUCCCUUUUCUUCCUCUUCCCAUUGCGACCCCUACUUAAUCCUCGUCCCCUUAUUGGUCAGUCUUUAUCCCUCCUACAUCAGCCUUCAGCUUAACCCGGUUACGUGGGGCGAUUCGUUCAUUCUGUCUGGCAUAUUCGCCAUUGCUCGACAAAAGUGCCCGUAAACUUUGUAAGGAGCCUUUACGUUUACUCAGAUUUCUCUACAGAAUUCCCUGCCACUUCCAAUCCGACUUACUCAAUAUGAAUUUCGUUACGGGGCUAAGGGAUGUAUGUCUUUCUCCGGCGUGUCUUCACGAGCAGUUUGUAGACCCUCUGACUGGGCAGCACUUUACUGGAAGCGUAACUUGGGCCUUCGAGCUACUUAUCCAUUUCGGUAGGCGCAGCCUUUGAUCUCAAGCGAAGGUGCGAGACUGGGUAUUAAUAGCCAACAUUAAAGCGCUCAUUGGCAGACGAUCAGUUGGGACAGCAAUAGCGUGAAUAUUUGUGAAAGCAGUGCGUGUUAAAAUAAGAACAUGCACAACAAUUCCUUUUGUUAAUGUACUCAUGAGAUGUGUUCACAAGCAAGAGCGUGAGUUAUGUCGCACUAUGGGAAACUAUAAACUGAAAACGGGUAGCAUUAACCGUAACCAUGAAGAAUAAUGGUGGCAGUGGUAUUCGCAGUAGCAGUAAUAAAACUAGUCAUCGAUUUAGUUUUUCUAGUACUCGUGAGAGCAGCGUCGGCAAUAUUGUCAGUAGUCUGGGCACGUGUUCCAUUACCGAAACUGAUAUUGGUUUAUACGUUAAUACCGGUGAUUUUGUCGAUAUCAACUGCAAGCAUAGACGUGGCAGUGCUAAAAUUAGUAGCAGUGGUUAUAAUAAUGAUAAUACGUGUAUUAAUGACAGGAUUAUCGUUAAUUUUAGGAGUACUAAGAGGGGAGGGGACAGCAACACUUAGUAAGUUGACGAAGCUGGCAACAAAGCUAGACUUGACUUUAUGCCUUUGGAAACCAAGAGGGCCUCGACGACAUAUUUAGGGCGUCCGCUCACAGCCAUCUGAGGUUUGACAAAUAUCUUUAUUCAGUUAGCUAGCUUUUAAGUACUUCUACUUUCAUUGUCUAUAAAACCCUCCAAGCUCCACAUGGGUUAUGCUCUUAACAAAGUCAGCCGACCGCUUGCAGGCCUGCCGCGGACGGGUAAAACCGCGCCUAGGACUCUCAGCUACAGGGCUCUGCCCAUAGGCCUUGACACUCGAGUUUGAAAAGCGACGCGGCAGCCACAAUAUACAAAUCACAACCUCUUCGCGCUGAAGGGUUUUCGGAAAUUUCUCCCUAUUUCCAGGCAAUCCCUUCAGGUGGGCGAACGUUCUGCUGAAGGCUCAGUACUAAAAGAACAAAACCGACGUGCCGGAAUGCAACAGUCACGAGGCCGUACCGUGUGACUGGCAGUGGUCGACCCAAUUAACCUGCGCUGCUCAGCCAAUGGGAAGAGCCCUUUGAGGUACCCAAUCAGCUGUUUCCACGUGCUGGUUUUUGCACGCCCAGGACUGCGGCCGCUGCAGUUGGCGCAGUAUUUGCCCUACCUAGUACCCGGUUGAUGCACUUUAUGCGCGAAAUAAGAACUUAUAACUGGUUUACUGAGGCACCCUAAGAAGAGGGCACCUAAAGGUCCGCCGGACUGCAGCCUGAUGGCGCUUAUUUACAGCAUCUUUCUGUCUACGUCCGAAGCCCUCUGAUCUUUUCACAUUUUGGCACGGUUUACUCUCACGGAGAGUGCGGUCUUGUUAGGUUUCAGCUCCGUCAGCCUUUGAAGCUAAAAAAGACUUUUGUUUGCAGCAUCUAGCUUAUGGUUGCGAAAGAUGCAGGGAUCUGUCCAAAGAUCUCGCUGCUGUGAAACAUCACAAACAUUUGUUGUAAUGUUGGUAAUAGCAGCAACCCUUCCUGUGUAUGUCCAACGUCCUGCAUUAGUACAGAGUGAGAGCUCGACCACUAAUCGAGUUGUCACCAUAAUACCAAGAUUCCUUCGGCUUGAAAACUAUUUCCAGGGCUCUCGGCGAUUAGCUGUGAGUCGAUGAUACGAAAAUAGUGCUCAGUCGAAGAGGAGGCGACUCGAUCGCUAUGGCACAAAGUUUAGCUGGUUGACUUUUCUAAUUCAUGCUCAAAACAUUUGUCUGAGAUAACAACAGAAAAGGACAUCGAACGCACCGUCGCUACACUGUUCGUAGGUUUCAGUUUCUCCUCAACCGCAGUUGGCGGCUCAUGCGUUCAUCACAGAUACUCGGGCUUCGUGCAGUGACGAUUCGAUUGCUCGCAUCCGAGUUGUGAGUGAUCAUGAUGUCAUCCCCUACCGUUGGUUCAUGUGCUAAUAACUUGACACUUCGGCCCGUCAAUAUGGACAUCGGAAGCGACGUUUAACUGAACGUUCCCUAUGCGACUAAUUACCUUACCCAGGUAGCGUCUCGGCGCUGAACAUUGGGGGUGAGAUCACUGCGCUUGUGGACCGUCACCUGCCCACAAAAUUUCAGUCUCGUGAAAGUUUAAGCUGCGAUCGAGUCCCGCAAACUGGGUCGCGGCCUGAGGAUUUCCACCCGCUCCCUUUACCGCUGAGGUGGGCUCAGCCAACCGUGUCUACGGCAACCUUUCACUUUUCCCAACUUGUUUGCCCUGCCCGCAACUACAUAAGAUCCGUUAGAGGACUCAAGACGCCGCCUGUUGCAGCACCUGAUUUUUCGGCCUCACUCGAUAGCUGCUUCCUGUUUGUGUAUCACCCAAAACCCAAAGGACGUGAGAGGAUGGCUGACAGCGAGUCUUCCUUACUUUUGCCCGCAUGUUUCGUCUCCUGUAUGUUAAGCAUUCGCGAGCCAUCUAAUGUCCCACACGGGGAUUUCUGCGCUGCCAACUAUGGUGCAUCCCGCUACCUGUGCAUAUACUAAUGGCUGCCUGUUGGCAAUCUCUUACUAUUACGCGGUUAUCUGCUACGCUUGACGGACCUCGACCCAAAUAUUCAUAUUAAAUAUUCAUACAAAUCUAAGUUUCAAAUAGACUGAUUUACUCCAAGUUAAUUUAUAAUGCCCGAGGUUGCGAGAUUACUGUUUUACCCAAAAGUCUAGGGAGUGUUCGCGACUUGUCCGGACUCAGUUGUCCGUGGUCCGUCUUUCGUUUUCAUCGACAUCAGAACAUUUGUAAGGAGUAGUUGGUCGUCCACCUCUCUCCCUCUAUAGUCUUUUGAAUAUCAGAAAAGGCAGAAAUAGGUUGCCUAUGAAAGUCUUCCAACAUGUCCCUCGGCAAUGGUAUUGUCAGCGUAGAGGCGCAAUGAUCUUAGUUAAAAAUCCCGGAAAGGACAGCACAUUACGUCUCAUAAAACGGUCACUGUGAUCAUUUUCGGCACGGGACUUAGAAUAGGACAUGCAUCGAUGUUAGAAAUACCCUUUGACGGAAGCUGAACAUUCAGAAGACUUGUUGGCAGCAUAUGUUUUCUUUCGAUAAAUUCUCCUUAAGGCAGUACACUUAUACGGUAACGGGGUCAAGUAAAACAUGUCGGUGAUUAGAGAGAUCGAUUAAAGUUCGUCCUAAAGUGGGAAUAUUAGGGGGAGAGGGUAACAGGGGUCAUGCCAGGGGCGGGGUGAGUGCGGAACUGCUCGGAGAGUUGCAUGUGAUUGGUUGACUUUUGGCCAUGGUAGGCUCGCAGUUUGAACCAGGUUCUUAUUUGCACACAAGGCCGGCUUUUGUAACUCAUUUGCGGCCGCUUCUGCGGUUGCUAGUAGACCUUGUUCCAGUAGCUUGCGGUAGCUCGAUGGGACCUUAUAAAUUGCACAAAACCUUGGUCGUGGUUUACACGAUGCCCAGAAUAAACGAUAUGCGCGAGAAUAGAGCUGUUUAUGCACCCAGUUUCGACUUUCCCCAGCCAUGCUGGGAGGUGAUUCCGUAUUCUAUUGGAUAGGCACCGACUCGUGCGACCAGCACAACCUACUCCACAGGAGCAAAUGAAGGAGUAGACGCACAAUGAGGUGUACCGAGAUGACAAUCUAUCCUUACCUUCUCCGCUUAAAAUAGGAUUAGUUGAGAAUACUAUUCAAACCCUUGCCGCUGGGGAGGUUCCUGAGACAGCUUGGUCGAGACGCCUUUUUUGGAGUUCAUUCGCAGCUUCUCCUCGAAGAGAGACUUUGAAUAACGGAGUUUUCUUUUCGGCAGUCAGUGUGGAGGGUUUUGCCGGUUGUUAGGCAAUUUUCUUUGCAGUGGACCUCUCAUAUACCGGUUUUCGCUAGGCAAGUCCUGGAUCUUUCUAAGCUUCUGCUCGAUGCUAUCACACAAAUUUUUCUAGCUUUUUGCGCAAAAUAUCGGUCUGGGGUUCGUUUUUGUUUGAGGGACGCGAACGCUAAUGUCAGUUCUCCUGUUUUGAAGGACAUCUAAGAAAGGGAGCGAACCAGCCGUUUUCGUCUCCAACAUGAACUUAAACGACGUAUGUGCUUCAUUUACAGCAUUCCAGAGGGCAUCUACGUCGACUCCUGUGAUGGCAGUUGCAAUGAUCUCAUUAAUGUGGCGACCAUAAUGUUUGAGCUUAUUGAUCUGAUUGCUUAGUUGAAAUUUAUCCAGCUCGCCUAUGAAGACAUCGGCUAAGAGAGGUCCAAGAAGCGAGUCCAUAGUAAUACCGACUAUUCGUUUAUAGAGUUGGUUGUCAAAAAGGGAACUGCACGUUUCGUGUGCAUCUUAGAAAUAGUUCCCUAAGCGUGUUCGCCGGAAGUCCUACUUUCUGCUGAGUGAUUGAUAGGAAUUGCCAGGUGCGGUCAGCUGUCUCGGAGACUGAGACGUUUGUGAAGAAGGAUGACGCGUUUAUCGAGAACAUCAUUAUGCCGUUAAAGUUAAGACCUUUGAUGUCUUCAGUGAAUCCGAAAGUAUCUAAAUAGCUACGUAGUGACAACCGAUAUUGUAGGGGGUUUAGUUUAUCUGGUGACCACCUCGGUGUUGCGUGAUAGAGAGAGUUUCGUAUGUACAGAAUAGGACGAACCGGCAGGCCGUUCUUGUGAAAAGUCGUCUUUUUUAUACAAGUCAGCCUUUGGGACUAUCGAAGACUAAUCAGAGGCGAUCGAUAUCUAUCUAGUCAGGUGAUUGUGUGUGCGUGUGUGUGUGCUGAGAGAGUUGGGAAGAUUCGUCCCAGACGGGAUAAUUAAUUGCUUUCUGUAGGUUGGCUGAAUGAAGGUGAACACAAGUUCACCAAAACAUCUGCAUUAAAAAAGGUUCUCGCAUCGGCCUACCGGUCAAUGAACAGGCCUGCCGAAACAGUAUGGACGGAGUGCGAUAGCACUGACGUAAAAUGGGAGUGUUAGGACAUAUGACACUGUGGCAACUGUGGGUCGCUGCGGUUGGUCUGAAUACCAGGUUUAACGUGUCGGAGAGCAAACUGACAGUGGCAAUUUGAAGUCCUCGGGUAAUAGGAUCAUCUUAUAACCCUGGCUCAAACGACCCAUGACCACCACUGUUCGCCAGAUGUAUGUAGAUUUCAUUGCACUCCUUAGAUGAGCUGAUGACCCCCUGCUUCGGCUAUCGUUGAAGCGUUUGCACAGUGUCUAAGAUGAGCGGAUAAGCUGUCUACCACGCGAUAAAUUUAGUCUCCAAACGUCGUAGAUAAGUAAACUGACCUGCCAGCAGCUGCACCAAGGCUGCACUAUUUUCGGAGAACUACGCCGGGUUACUCCUCAGACCGCUUUCCUGGGAGAUUUUGCAGGAACUACUUCUCAGCACCUGGUUGAUGUCGGAUUUUUAAAAAUUCCUGUUCAGUUAUACCGCAUGAAAUUAGUGGUAGGGGUGGUACUCGUAGAGGGGCAGUAGUAUGUAACCUCGAGAAUACUUCGGUGUUUGCAGCAACAGGGCCAGUGAUAGCAGGCCUGCACCAGUACCGAUCCCCCCACUCUCGCACUACGUAGUUUAUUUGCAAAUGAGCGAAUGAGAGUAUUAAUUGGCUGGCAGUGGUAGGUUAUGUAACCUCACCUCCCAACUAAAUUGAACUGUCUUUUUAUUGCCUAUGUGAGGGACUACGCACGACUAUUCUUAAAGAAAUAAAUAAGUCAGGCGUGCGCGUUUGGCACCAAAACCGUUCAGGGAUAACAAGAAAAGAGAGCGUGUAUGUUCUAACCGAGGUAAAGUAAACCAAAACGCAGUCGGCGAUCCUUGCAGCACGUGUAGUAUGGUGAGUACCGACAUGACGCAAAAGGCUCCAACUACUCUUCCGGAAGAAAUACGUAAGUCACGGCGCAGGGAAUCGAUAACGAAAGGCAAUGCAAGUAAACUGGGGUAACUAGAAAAUCAAGGAAAAACAAAGAGAUUACGGGGCAGAAGAGCAAGAGCAUCAUGCUAAAUAAUUUAUAACUUAAUUUAUAACUAUAGCUAUGGAUUAAUAAACAAAACAAGGCCUUCUAAAACAAAUAUAGUAGUUGCCUACGCAUGCUCAACGCAGUGAGGUUACACAACCUAUCCUAACCAGUUGGCUUUUGCUUUCGCUCACAACAGCUAUCUGACCCGCAUUUCGGUUAACCAGGGAAAGUAGAGUUUUCAUAGUUAUCUACAGGACACGCAUCCCCUCUUCGAGCCUGGCAAAGUAAAUCAACCUGAUCAACUUUGAAAACUAAAUAAGAUAAAAACACAAAAAAUCCAUAAAAAAUUUAGCCUAAUUUAAAAAUAUGACAAAAGACUCGACUUAUUUCACCCACAAAUACAGUGCGUGACCUGUCGCAUUAAACCAGAUGACAGAAUUUGGUAUGAGGAGUCCCGGACGUCUCAAACAUUGCGCAUUUUGCUAGCCCGCCCAGUCUCUUCAAGCAAAUGUCCUUUUCUUAUGCAGAAAAUGCGUUCACGGGAUUUUCUCAGGCAAAAUGUUCAUAAAUUUGAGCGGAAAUGGACGUUGUGAUGUAUUCAGGUAGUUUCCUAUGCUAAUACCUUCCUAGACUUUGAUUGAGCAUAUGAGCGUGUUUUUGUCUGAGAAGAGAGUAAUCUGCCUUCGAGAGUUCAACUAAGCAGAGCUUGUCGGGUUUUAAAAUUGACUUUUUGUCUGAUGCUGACCGUGGGAAUCGGGUUGCAAGUCUACAGGUUGCUUUUCAAGAACUAGGAGUUUUAUCGAUUUUUAAAAGUCAGAUUAGAAAAUCUGUGCGAUUUGGCGCCCCAAAUUGUAGUAGUAACGCGCACAGGCAAUCCUUUGUUUAAAUGGUCCGAAAUCGUUUUGCCGUUUCGAAAAUUAUGUGGGUUGUCAAAGAAAUGACUAUCACUGAAUAGUCAUUUCCGGUUUAAAAUAUAUGAAACAUUACUUUUCGUGCGGUCUAACUUCUGCUUAUACGUAAUUUAGAAAAAGAACUAGCAUUACUAGAACACUAUUUAGUCUUUAAAAGAUAUCAGCAUUUCUAUGGUCACUCAGUCCUACAUUCAUACUCGUAGAACGAAGCCUACAAGUGAGAAGAGAUAUUGAUAAUGGCCGCCGUAUUAAGAGAAAGGUAUGGUCUUCAUUUUGUGGUAGAAUAAUAUCAGUAUUUUAUUUACGUGAAAUAAGCGGAAAAAAGUGUGAAAUUUCUUCUUGGCUUCACCGCACAACUAUGUAGCGUACACAUACAUUCGUCGACAGAAUCAAGUAUUAUAACACUCCUUGGAAAGGUAACUUAUCGAAGAAAUUUUCCCAAAUGAUCGAAAACAUAUUUGUUGUUGACUUCUUUUGUGGACUCAAUUAUUCGAAGAUGAAGUUUCCUGUUUGAGUGAGUCUUGAAAUGUGAACCAAAUGACCUUCUACAUCGAGAAGAAUGCCAAAGCACUCGCUACUUCAAUAAAUAUCUUAAAGACGCAUCUUAUUUUAAAGGUUUUAAUAAACGCAUAAUACGGGAUCUGUUUUUAUGAGCAAACGAGUGGAGACAUUGAAAAUGAUGAAAUAUUCAGCGAUGUUUCAAGGCCGAUCUGAAUCUCAACGUUAUCCAGAAAAGUGCAAAUUAAUUUCACGGAAGAAAAGUUCUCUUUGUAUACUCUGAUCCGACUGGCAGCAUUUUUACUCGUGAAAACUUUGGUUCCUAUGACGUCACCACCGGCAAAAUCAAGCAAAAGCCUGUUUGUUUUAUUGAACCGUAAAGAGUCGUAAAGAACACCGGAAAUCCUCGAGCAAUCGUUUUGGAAUCUAUGCCCAGAGUGUAAGCUGUUGGCGAACCGCCAUAUCUGAAAUGACACUUAUUUAAGAGGACAUUUGGAUGUGAACUUUACUCAAACAGCAUUCUUAAGCGUUACUCUGUUUGCGCUUCUAUAUUCACUCCGUUUUUGCAUGGACAGAUAUUCUCCACGUCUAAAAUCGAAGUUUUCACAUUUGUAACCACUUCUGACGUUUUCGGGAUUUUUCGCCUUUCUAAAAAAAUAGCAUUUCUCAAGAACUUAACAUUGCCUUUUAUAUUUUUACGUCCUUAAUUCCCGUAAAGUUGUUAUUUAUGGACGCAGAAAUUGGAUCCACGCAUUGGUUUCGGUUUGUGAGUGAUUAGCAAUCAUUCGUAAACACCUUUUAUGAUUUAGGCCACGAAAUGUAGCACCCAAAACGGUAACGGUUGGGUGUAGGACCCACAACUAACUUGAGCUAGUUUGUGGACCGUAUCAUACGUUGAAAAGUGGUAGAGGGGGGUUUUACGGUUGGGACAGCACACAGGACGGAGAGCAAGAAGAGAUAGAAAAUGGAUAGAUGUUUGCCGAAAGUCUUAUCGUGCGCUGUCAUUCGGCAAAAGUGAGCGCAACAAUUAAAAAAUAAACGAAAAGCGGUUUUCAAAAAUGAACUGACCCUGAAUAAACCGCCGCUGGUAAGUUUACAGUUAGUCAGGAAGGGAAGGAAGUUUUAACCAACAGGAACGGUGAAUAAUAAGUAAUGUUUACAGUCAAAUUGAACUUUGGCGUAUAUUUUCGUAGUUGCCAUCUACCUGUGGGUCCUACACCCUACCAUUACCCCGAAGCUUUCUUCAUUUUCGGAUGGAAACUAUGCCUUUACGAAUAGGACUUACAGUUCCCCCUGUUACACCUGCAGUAGUUGGUUCACUAACGAAUCAAGCAUUUACCACCACCGCCACGCGGCUUGCCUCGACAACCCAGACAUCGGCGCUUGUACACGUGUACCCAAACGUGCUCCCGACGGGUGAAGGUCGCCCACGUCGGUCACGAGAGCUCUCGCCGCAACGCCACGCGCAAAGUAUGUCAAACUGGUCGCCUCUCCCCCCCCCCUAGCCGCCCUGCCCAAACAAACAAUCAGGCCUGUCCAGAGGACAACAAUGCGGACGCCCACACAUACGUACCGAAAGGCACAAGUUUGGCCAAUACAAAAGGACCGGGCCACUUGCGCACAAGGCACUCAAUCCAGUAUCUGUAUACAUCUUCAUAGAGACUGUCCUGCCACCUAGGACGGCGGCUCAGAGUUUCGGCGCAGUGUUCUCUCAUUCCGCCUACUGGAUGUCGCUUGACCUGAUCAUGGAGAUUAAGGUGUGCACAUUACCUUAUUCAUUCCAGAACCUUCGAAAGAGUCCCUGAGAGCUUCGUCGCUCAUCGGAAACUGCCUUAGUUUGCCUCCACAAGUCACAGUCAGCUCGCCGACGGCGUGUUUUACGAGUAGUUUUGGGCCACCCUUUCUAGUCUCCCACCCCCCUGCGCAAGGGGUUAGCCGUCACCCCAGACGACUGCCGACCUGUGGCCCAGUGAUCAGAGGUGUUGGACUUCUAAACCAACAGGUCGCGAGUUCGAGCCCCAGGUGUUCCACACUUCGGGAUUGGGUAUAACUGACUAACGACGGCUAAUAGGCCAGAAAUGGCCAUUCCAGUCUCCCUUGUCUUUGUCGGCAGUGCCAUUCUGCCUAUAUCAUGCGCCGCUGUGCGGCUGCUGUUUGGGCUCGAGAAAGAGCCCGUAAGCCAAGAAGGAACGAGUGAGUUCCGUAAGAACGAUCGGCGAGCGUCCCCAACCACUGCUUCUAGACUAAAACCGAUAUUUCUUUUGUCCAGAAGUUAAGAGAAAGAAGGACUUUUACGCCUGCAGUUUUCAAGAAUGGUUGUUCGACCUUGAUCAAAUAUAUUUUCACCCGUAAAUCUCAGGUCAUUUUGCUUUUUUACCUCACUAAAUCCUCCUUAACAUAUUCCUUGAAAGCCGUUGCGUGCGUUUGAGUUAUCAAACAAAAACGGAGACCUUUCACCUUUUUUCUUUUUCGAUAGUCCCCUUCUGCAUCUAAUACUAGUCACAGCGAAACUGCCUUUGAGGGCUCUGCAUAG